AAUAAUCGUCAUCCAAACAACUUCAUUUCUUUAUCCAAACGACGACUUUCACACUUUCUCUCUCCCCCUUUUCUUAGAAUACACUUGCUCUUCUCCCACGAAGCUUCCCCUUUUCUCACCUCUUCAAACGGAAAUUCCCCUUCAAUUUCAAUCCACUCUGUUGUUUACUCGCUCUUAAUCAUUCUUCUGUCAACUGGGUUUUCAAGAUUUUGAGGAAAGAUUCAAUCUUUAUCUUUGAUUCUCUUUUUUCUUGACUGUUCAAGUUGCUAAACACACACACACAUAUUGGGGUUUAGUCACUCUAAAUCUUUCUUUUCCCACCUGGGUAUUGAAGAUUUUGUUGAAAGAUUCAAUCUUUAUGCUGUGAUUUUUAUCUAUUUAGUGACUUCAAGUCUUUGUUUUGUCAACUGGGUUUUCAAGAUUUUGCAAAAAAGAUUGAAUCUUUAAGUGGUCUUUCCUUUAUUCUUGAUUGCUCUAGUUGCUAGACAUAUAUGUAUGUUGGGGUUUAAAGGGUUUCUUGUUUAGGUAAAGUCAACGUUUACCUGAUUUUGUUUCUUGCUCUUUGAAUCAAUAACCAUAUAUGCUGAUUACAAUGGCUUAUGUAAGUAUCACCAAAAGGGGUCUUGGCUUACUGCAGUAUUAGCACUGUUUGCUUCAUUUGGUGCUGAAAGAGCAAGAAAGGACCAGCUUAAAGCAGAGGACUAGGUUUCGAGCUUGUAACUAAUGGAGGAUUCUUUGGAACCAUCGUCAUCAUUGAGCUUUACUUCAUCUUCCCUUAUAUCCAAUGGAUCUACAAGCUACAACAUAUCAACGCAAUCUGUCCCAGAAGGAGGUUCUAGUCUUGAAAUUAUCAGUUUAGCUAAGCUCAGUGCUAGCUUAGAGCAACUUGUGGUUAGUUCCAGUACUAUUGAUUAUAGUGAUGCAGAUAUUGUAGUUGAGGAUGUAUCUGUAGGUGUACACAGAUGUAUAUUGGCUUCUAGGAGUCAAUUUUUUUAUGAGCUUUUUAAGAAAGACAAGGAUUCUAUGGAGAAGGAAAGUAGGCCAAAAUAUUAUAUGAAGGAUAUGUUACCAUAUGGUAGUGUUGGACAUGAGGCAUUCCUUAUAUUCCUAAGCUACUUGUAUACCGGAAAGUUGAAGCCUUGUCCACCAGAGGUGUCGACAUGCGUUGACGAUCAAUGUAUCCAUCAUGCAUGUAGACCUGCUAUCAACUUCUCUGUGGAUUUGAUGUAUGCGUCAGCUAUCUUUCAGGUUCCAGAACUGGUUUCACUUUUUCAGCGGCGUCUUGUCAACUUUGUUGAGAAGGCUCUUGUGGAGGAUGUAAUCCCGAUCCUUUUAGUCGCCUUCCAUUGCCAGUCAGUUCAGCUUCUUAAUCAGUGUGUACAUAGAGUAGCUCGGUCUGAUCUUGAUAGUAUCUCGAUUGAGAAGGAAGUGCCAUACGAGGUAGCGAAUGAUAUCAAGUCGAUUCGCCUUAAAUACCAGAAUACCAAUGAUGAUACCUUGGUAGCUGAGGAUCCCUUGCGUGAAAAGAGCAUUAGAAGAAUACACAAGGCACUAGAUUCAGAUGAUGUUGAACUAGUGAAACUUCUCCUGACUGAGUCUGAUAUAACUUUAGAUGCAGCACAUGCUCUUCACUAUGCUGUUGCAUAUUGCGAUCCAAAAGUUGUAUCCGAGGUGCUUAAUUUGGGAAUGGCUGAUGUCAAUCUUCGUAAUCUUCGGGGUUACACAGUUCUCCAUGUCGCUGCACUACGCAGGGAGCCAUCAAUAAUUGUACCACUAUUGGAGAAAGGAGCUCGUGCAUUGGAAGCAACACCAGAUGGGCAGAACUCUGUUAGCAUCUGCAAGAGAUUGACAAGACCAAAGGAUUAUAAUGCGAAAACAGAACAGGGCCAAAAAUCAAACAAAGAUCGCUUAUGCAUUGAUGUAUUGGAGCGUGAAAUACGUAGAAAUCCAAUCUCUACAGAUGCGUCAAGCUCCUCAACAAGAAUUGUUGAUGAUCUGCAUAUGGAGCUUCUAUAUCUAGAAGAUAGAGUGGCAUUUGCACGACUGCUCUUCCCCUCUGAGGCGAAGCUAGCAAUGGACAUAGCUAAUGCUGAGACCACAUCUCAAUAUCCUGGUUUAAUGGCAUCAAGAGGUUCAAGCGGCAACUUAAGGGAGGUUGAUUUAAACGAAACACCCAUAGCAAAGAACGAAAGAAUCCUUGCAAGGAUGGCUGCCCUUAAAAAGACAGUGGAAACAGGUCGACGCUAUUUCCCAAAUUGCUCUGAAGUGCUAGAUAAGUUUAUGUUAGAUGAUUUGCAUGACGAUUCCUUAUACCUUGACAAAGGCUCCGCGGAAGAACAAAAGAACAAGAAGCAACGCUUUAUGGAGCUUAAGGAAGAUGUACACAAGGCCUUUACGAAAGACAAGGCUGAGCUACAUCGUGUAGGCUUGUCUUCCACAUCAUCCUCACCUACACUCAAGCGACAACGGAAAUUACUCAAGUAAAAUGUUGCAUCAAAUAUGUAUCUUCUAGUGAUUUUUUGACUUAAUAUAGAUGCUUCCAGUUAUGUAGCUAGAGCUUCUUAACUAUUGGCUCUGUUUGUGUAAAAUACUCCUAUAGGAUAAAACUUUGAGAACGAGCCAUCAAUGAGCUUUAUUAUCUUUCUUUUUUUUUUUGAAAUUUUCUUUUUGAUGUAGACCAUUAAUUCAAGUGAUUUUCUUGGUCAAAA